AUUUUAGUCCAUAUUUACUUUUAGGUGGUGAAAGGCCUCAACGAAUCUCUAAAAAAUCAAAAUUUAAUUUAUUUGGUUUUUUAACACUUAUAAUUAAAACAAACACUAAAUUUCAGUAUAUAAAAUGGCUCCAAGAAAUAAGGAACAAGAAGCUGAAGUUUUACAAUGGAUUUUUGAUGUACUUGGCGAAAAAGUACCAAGUGGAAACUAUGAAGAUAUUUUACGUGAUGGCGUUGUUUUAUGUAAAUUAGCAAAUAAAUUAACACCAGGUUCGGUGAAAAAAAUUCAAGAAAAAGGUACAAAUUUUCAAUUAAUGGAAAAUGUUCAAAGAUUUCAAGCAGCAAUUAAAAAAUAUGGUGUACCAGAAGAAGAAAUUUUCCAAACAGCUGAUCUUUUUGAAAGAAGAAAUAUACCACAAGUUACAUUAUGCCUUUAUGCUCUUGGUCGUAUUACACAAAAACAUCCAGAAUUCAAUGGACCGACCUUAGGACCAAAAAUGGCUGAAAAGAAUGAAAGAACUUUCACUGAAGAACAAUUACGGGCUCAUGAAGGUGAACUUAAUCUUCAAAUGGGAUUCAAUAAGGGUGCAUCACAAUCAGGCCACGGUGGUUUUGGUAAUACUCGUCAUAUGUAGCCUGUAUAUUUCUUUUUAUAACAUUUACGAAUUUUUGUUUUACUACAUAUUAUAUGCAUGUAUGUACAUAUUUGUACAAUUGCUUUAAAUUUUCUUAUAUAUAAUAUGCAAGUAUAAAUUAUAUGUAAAAACAUUGUGGAAACUAAAUAAAAUAUGGGAAAAUUUCUAUUUUAAGGACAACAAAUAAAAACAAAAU